AUGCCUCGCACUCAGCACCAGUCCCGGCAGACAACUUCAACGAAGGCGGAGUGUCGAUGUCCUGUCUGCAAAAAGAUGAUUUCGCGCAAAGGCGAUCUUCAACGCCAUAUUCGAACCCAUACCGGAGAGAAACCUUAUGUUUGCGACGUAUGCGGUAAAGGCUUUGCGCAAGGCUCCGCUUUAAAGACCCACAUGAAUUGCCACACUGGGGAAAAGCCGCAUGCAUGUAGUCAUUGCUCGCGCGUCUUCGCGGAUCGCUCGUCGUGUUCUCGUCACGAGCUCGAGGUCCAUUUAAUGGAAGGAUGCGGUUAUCAAUGUCCCGAUAAAGAAUGCAAAGGCAACCAGCUAAUGAAGCGCAAGCGAACUUUUGCGGACCAUCUCAAGGACAAGCACGGUCGCAAAUACGCUGGCGAGGAUAUCGACAACUUCUUCAUUGGUGUCCGGAAGACUGCUUCGAAACGUCGUUCCACGAAUCGUAGGCGUAAGGCUCCGAGCCCAUCGCCAUCUCCUCCACCAGAGUAUGUUCAUAUGCAGCCGGAUUACGAGAUCAGCCUGACCAUUCCUGGUCUGACUCCAUAUGGUUCUUACCCGCGCCUCCAUCCUCAUUAUAGUCAACCCCAACCCACGCCAAUUGAUUUCAGCGGCCUCUUCACCAUGGAUUCGCCCUCCCCUUCCUCCUAUUACAAUUCCUCGGCGUCCCCUAUGCUCUCGGAGACCUCUUUUCUUUCUCCUUUCACCGGAUCUCCUUCCAUCUCCGUCUCGCCUUCGCCCGAGCCUCUGUCCUUCUAUGACGAGCACCAGCUGGUGCUGACCCACGCCAAUUCAUACGCCCACGGGGUGCCAUCAAGUGCAUUUCCGACAAUGCCCUUUUACCACGACAACGCUUCUAUUUUCGGUUGA